AUGAAUCCAGAAAAUUGUGUCUUGUGUCAACCAGGCCCUCCCGGCCAACCAGGACCGGACGGAUCACCAGGAUUCGCAGGACCAAACGGUUUCCCUGGAUCCCCUGGAGGUCUGCCUAUGAAUGCCCUACCAGGACUCGCCGGUCCACCAGGAGAUCCUGGGCCGCGUGGAAGGCCGGGCUCGCCGGGUGCGCCCGGCCCAGCUGGGAUAGCCGUUCGCAUAUGGGUUGGACGAAGCAGUCCUGGACCUCCAGGCCUUCCCGGCUCGCCGGGUCGUCCGGGUAGACCUGGUUGGUCAGGUUUGCCUGGAUUAGAAGGGAAAACUGGCGAUGCAGGAGAGGCUGGGCGUCCUGGUGCUCCUGGAAGAGAUGGACAAUCAGGUAUACGAGGUCACCCAGCUCCGCCAGCGAACGAUGGCGCUCCGCCUACAAAGGAUGGUGGCUACUGUCCUUGUCCGCCUCCUUCAGAGAAACCCAAGAGAAAGCACUACUCCCGCCACAUCUCGCUCUCUAGAAGGUUCCGAUCAGAACGGAAAUCAAUCCGCAACAGAGAAUCGUCCAUCGCAGUAAGGUGA